UCAAUCAAACUAGACAUAAGCGAUUUGGCACUUCACAAAUAAAAUUAACGUAGGAUUAAGUGAGCCCCCAUAGCUGUAAGUAGAUAAGCAGACGAUGCCAGACCCUAUUCGAUGGUCCGGACACAAUGGGAGAUUGGGAAAACCUGCCUGUGGAGUUGUUGGCUCAUUUGUACUGCUACCUGUCUAGAAGAGACCGACUCUCCUGCUCCCUAGUCUGCGAGAAUUGGAAAAAUGGUCUAGAUCAUGUGAUUUUGUGGAAGACUGUGAUAGUCCAUGUGGAUUCGGAUUUGAUGGAACCUAGUACUGUGAUGUUGUUAAGGGAUUAUUGCAAAUAUAUCAAAAAUCUGGAAUUUGGUUGGGCUAUCCCUCACAGAAACAACAAAUGGGCCCAAGUUAAGUAUAAAGAAUUGACCAAGAGGGCAGUACGGUUUUUUCUCAUUUUGUACGACAACUAUAUACAAAUCCACAGUUUGAGGAUUUUUAAUUGGUUCGACUUUAUGUCCUUCCAAAAAGUUACUUAUCACUUAUCUAGAUUCCUCAAAAACCAAGUAAGUUUGAAAAAAAUCGUCUUUGACAAUAUUAACAUGCACAGUGCAAACUACAUGAAAGUGUUUACUUCUUGUUUGGGCUCCAGAGGCUCUAUUACCCACCUAGACAUCCGCAGUUGUUACUACUGUCAGUCUUCCUUUGACUGUAUAUAUUUCAGAAGUUGUAUAGAGCAACUUACUUACCUGAAAACUUUCAAACUUGACUAUUUUAUCCUAUCGUGUAGACUAAUCGACUCGAUUUUGACCAGUAAAAACAGAUGUUUGGAAAAUUUGGAAAUUGUUUUAAAAGAGACAUCGUGGCAUGACCACGUUAUUGAUGACGAACAGUGGUGUCUACUAUGCAGCGCAUGCCCCAAUCUCAAAGUUACUCUAAUCAUAAGGAAUGUCUAUCAUUACGGUGAAUUGCGACUUUACCUCAAACAAUCGAUACCAAUAGUGUCGCUCUCUAUUAUUCUACCACGGAUUAUGGAUAGAGGGGGCAGGUGUAARUUUCGAAAAACUCUAAAUUUGCUAGUAACAAACUAUCACAGGACUCUUGAAACCAUCGAUUUGCAUAUUAAAAACGACGGAGAGAUAGUGGACGACGUCCUCCUAAGAUUGAUCCGAAGAUGUUCAAAAUUYAAAAGUGUCCUCUUCAACGGCUAUUUGGAAAAUCCCCAGAUGCUAAAAAGCUCAUUCAGCGAUAUCACCUUCUUCUGCAUGACCCCCAACACCCUCCCUGACAAACACCUCGUUUUCAGCAAAGUCAUCAGAGAUGAUAUCACUGAAUUGAGACACAAACGAGUGCAAUUCACACUAAUCAAACGUAGCCCUAAAUCAAUUUGUUCGUUACUUGUCUUAAAUUAA